CUCCCCGGCAGCCUCCCCGGCAGAUCUGUGCGGCUGAGGACAGGCAGCCUCGAAGCUCACACUUCAUGCAGAAGGUGCGCAGGGAACAUCUCCAAGACCCAGCAGAAAAUAUGUUCCAGGCAGCCUCGCGUGAAGAUGAAGGACAGGCUUGAAGAGUUGAAGUACAGAGUCCGGGAAGACGACUCCUCGGAAUUCGACGAGAGCUUGGCGUUUGACAAUCCCGUCUACCACGAGGCGGAGGACAACGAGAUGAACGUAUUCUUCAAGGAAGUCUCCGGUCUCUCGUCGUCCGUGAAGAAGCUGAGACAACUGUCCGACUCCAUCGAGAAGAAGCAGGAGGAGGUCCUGUGCAGCACCACGGAAACGGACAUUUACGAAGGGAAGAAGGAGUUGAGCAGGAUUAAAAAUCUCUUGACUUCAGACGCUAAAGUUAUCCAGUCUCACCUCAACAGAAUGAAAGGUGCCUUGGGUCAAAGCGACAAAAGCUGGAAGGCCGAGCACCGCAUUCGUCAAAGCCAGUUCACCGUCUUGUCCAACCGAUACCGGGAGGUCAUGACCCAACAUUACAUCAAGGAGACGAAGUAUGUGGGGAAACUGAAGGAGCAGAUCAUGAGGCAGGCAGAGCUGGCCGGUUUGAACCUUCCAGAGGAGGAGAUCAAUCAGCUGAUAGGGAGUCCGGUGGCUCCGCAGAUUGUCGGACACGAUUUGGAAAUCCUCAAAGCCAAGCACCAUCUGGCCAUGGCGCAGGAGAGACACAAACAGCUUCUGGAUCUGGAGGCUCAGAUCACCGAACUCCACUCGCUUUUUCUCCAGAUGGACAUGUUGGUCUCGGAGCAGCAGGAGAUUGUCAAUAGCAUUGAGUACAACGUGUUGAACACCAUGGACUACAUCUCGCAAUCCAACGAACAAGUAAAGAAAGCGCUGAAAUACGAGAGACAGUCCCGCGUCGCUGCUCUUUUCUCGGCGCUUUUGGGUCUAUGUGCUUGCUGUACUUUCCUUUGCUGUGCGUCCAGAACCGUAAGAUAA